UCCAUAGCAGAAUCCUUAUUUUUUUCUGCAUGAACCAGAGCACUAUCAUGAAUUUGGAAAUCAUUGUUUUUGUUGGGUCAGUCACUGCUAUGGGAAGAACCGAUCCAUAGCAAAGGCCAGAGGUGUCCAUCAUAUCGGGGGCAAUGUGGCCUACAUACGUAUUAUUGUUGAUAAGCGCCACUCUGCGCUAUACUCUUCCUAUUUGACUCCCUUUCCGUUUCCCCACACAUGUGAGGGAGGCGCCGGCAGAUCCCUCUUCGAUGGGCUACCUCUCCUGUCAUGCAGAUUCCUCCAUCGCUACCUGCCGCUCUAUCUCCUCGUCCGAUGUAACCUCCCGAAACCCCCACAGAAAGAAGAAGAAGAAGAACAGCAACCUCCCCAAAUCGUUGGCUCCACCGCAUGAUGUCCGCAACGACGCAGGCGGCGAAGCCCGCGACUUCUCCCACCCCGAUAUUUGUCAUUUCACCUAUGGAGAGCUCGAAUCGGCCACGGCCAACUUCUCGGACGGCGCCCUCCUCGGCCGCGGCAGCCACGGUGCGGUCUACAAGGCGGUCCUCCGCAGCGGCCGCCAGGUCGCGGUCAAGCGCCCCUCCCGCCGCCCCCGCCUUCUCUCCUCCCCCCCGCCAUCCCCGGCCGCCGCGCCCGCUCGCGACGAGGUUGAGAACGAGAUCGAGAUCCUCUCCGGCAUCCGCAGCCCUCGCCUCGUCAAUCUCAUCGGCUUCACCCCUUCCGACGAUCGGAGAGAGCGGCUCCUGGUAGUGGAGUUCAUGCCCAACGGCACGCUCUACGACCUCCUCCACUCCAACCCACGCCCGCCCGGCUGGGCUCGCCGCCUCCGCCUCGCCCUCCAGACCGCCAAAGCCCUUCUCACCCUCCACUCCGCGCAGCCGCCCGUCAUCCAUCGCGACGUCAAGUCGGCCAAUGUGCUGAUCGACCAAGACUCCAACGCCCGGCUCGCCGAUUUCGGUCUCGCCCUCCGCGACGACGACGACGACGCCGCCGGCGGCAAAUUCCCCUCAUCCGCCCGCUCCACCCCUCCCGCAGGCACGCUUGGCUACCUCGACCCCUCUUACGUCACGCCCGAGAGCCUGAGCACCAAGACCGACGUCUUCAGCUUCGGAAUCCUGCUUCUCGAGAUCAUGAGCGGCCGGAAGGCGAUCGACGUCGCCCACUCCCCGCCAUCGGUCGUGGAGUGGGCCGUUCCCCUGUUGCGAAAAGGCAAGGUCUCGACGCUGUUCGAUCCGAGGAUCCCCCCGCCCAAGAACCCACUGGCAAGGAAGCAGCUCGCGUCGGUCGCUGCCAGCUGCGUGCGGUCCCUCAAGGAGAUGCGGCCUUCCAUGGACGAGGUGGUGGGGCAGCUCAAGGUGUUGAGGAAGACAGUGCCUUUUAGGGCUUGGAACGGGCUCUCGGUCGGCAACCCAUGCUCGGUAGUGGACGUAGAGAGGACCCUGACGAAGCUGAACUCUAGCAGUACCAAUCAAAACCACAAUUUGUGUUCAGAUUCGAGGAUUCAUGGGGAGGAGGAGCCAAUUGCAACCAGGCAUGAAGAAAUGCCCGUCCAUGUCAGGAAGCUGCCUUCGACUGUGAAGGGAUCCCGUUCUUUGUCGAGCUCAAGGAGGGGAAGUACAAAUCUGUUGAAUCUCAUGGCUCAACCUAAUGGAGAGCUGAAAGGGGAAUCGGCAGUAGAUGGGAACAGUAACGGUGGUCCGGCGAUGGGCAGGGCGAAGGCUCUGCGUCUCCUCCAUGAUUUCUACGAAAGAGAUGCGACUUGGCAGUCGAGGAGGAAGGCUAAGGACUCGCUGAAAUCAUUAUGGAGGGUCGAUGAGAAAGAUGAUGUGGAUGAGAAAGCUCAUGGCUGAUCUGGAGAUCCACUCUAAGCUGGGGCAGAUGGUCCAGACCACAUGGUAUGUUGCAUUUCAUUUAUGUUAUUGUCGAAUGAACACUUUUUUUUCUUGGGCAAAGCAGAUUAUUAUUUCUCAUAUAUCGACAUCUCCAGUUGUCUGCA